AUGUACGUAUGGCUUACCCUUUUUGUGCAUCAUUACACUUCGCGAUGCAGCUCCAUUGGAUUGUUGGCAGCAGCAUUCGGGACUAAUGCAUUCCUGCAAGGUUGCGAUGACAUAACUGAAACUAAGGCAACCGCCCGCGUACUAGUUCACAUGGUGGUCGCCAUUGGCGUCCUGAUUGUCACGGGCAGCAUGUUCAGCAUGGGGCGUCCUUCUGAUCUGGCGUAUGAGGCUUUUGUGCAAGCAUGGUGCCACUGCCAGAGCAUCAUGGGUCAUCUCUUUGCCAUCGACAACAAGGAAGGUGGGACGGACGCCGCUGAUUUCGAUUCGUUCGCUUGCCACAUCGCGCAGGCGGAGAUGUUUGCAGGCGAGGCCGCUAAUGAGCACAGGUUGUGGCGGAGUCCGUUUCCAGUGGAUCUAUUCUCCAACCUGACCAGCCUCGCCAGCUGGAUGCGAAGGCAGCUGAUUUGUAUCCACACAGUCGCUUGCGUCGACCAGGAGAAGGAAGAUGUGUCGAUUGCCAGAAUCGGUGUGAAAAAGACGUGGUUCAAGGCCAUUCUUGAGACCGACGGCGAUUGGAAGAACGAGGUCGAAGUUCUCCGUCAUGGAACAGACCAUACGCGGAAGAUGGUCAUGGAGUUGCAGGCGCAGAACAAAGGCCGUCGAGCCGUUGUGUCGUCAGGGCCACCUUCAGAGGCGGCCUUAGCACGCACAACGCACACAGGACAGUACCAGCGUCUGGAGGAAGAUACGUUGCGGGUUAGGCCAGGGUGGUUUCAGCCAGAGCAUGAUAUUGAGAAGCGCCUUUGUGCCAAGCGUGACUUGACACCACAGGGGGCGACCUCACUUGUUGAGGAUGAAGAUGUGCAGAGAGCGAUUGUUGCCGGAUGCUUGGAAAGUAUCAGGAAGCGCAAUUUCGCCGUGCAGGUCGAAAUGAUCGGACAUCAACAUCAGUUGACAGACUGCGGCAUUUGA